AUGAGUCCUUCUCAGUUGCCUGCAGAGGCUACAGGCCCUGCUGAUGGCCUCCAGCCAUCCCACACCUAUGUGCCAAACCAAGGAUACGUGCAACCCUUGGGCGCAAAUUCAGCCAUGGCGGGGCAGGAACCCACCGAGCAGGAAGAGGGGGAGGGGGAGGAAGACGACGAAUACUAUGACGAUAUCUUCGAGGAGGAGGAAGAAUUGGAUCAGGAAGAUUUCCAGUCCUCCGAUCCUGCCGAUCUUACAAAGGCCUACAACCGCCAGCGAAAGUUGAACGAUCUCGCCGCCGAUCCUAACGCACCGAGAUGGACCUAUCCUAAGAUGAACACCCAGAAGCCCACAGUCAACACAUACGCCUCCGUCGACGAUCAAGUCAAAUCCCUGACACGCCAUGCUGCCAAGAUCAAGCUCGACGAUCAACAAGCCGGUCUCUCUGGCGGUGGUGGACGUGGUGCAGAUCGGGCGGACCGCGCUACAUCGGAACAGGUGCUGGACCCCCGUACUCGGAUGCUUCUGUUGCAGAUGAUCAAUCGCGGACUCGUGUCUGAGAUUCACGGUUGUCUGUCUACUGGUAAGGAGGCAAACGUCUACCACGCCAUGUCAUUCCCCGAUGACGAUCCAGAGGCUGCCCCGGAGCACCGUGCGAUCAAGGUCUACAAGACCAGCAUUCUGGUCUUCAAGGAUCGCGACAAGUACGUGACUGGUGAAUUCCGAUUCCGUCAAGGAUAUAACAAGAGCAACAACCGCGCAAUGGUCAAGUUGUGGGCCGAGAAGGAAAUGCGCAACUUGCGGAGAAUUUACGCCGCCGGCAUUCCUUGCCCUGAGCCCAUUUACCUGCGUCUGCACGUCCUGGUUAUGGGCUUCAUCGGUAACUCGAAGGGUCUUGGCGCUCCUCGUUUGAAGGAUGUUGAGUUCGAUAUUACCGAGCCUGAGACUCGUUGGCGGUCCCUGUACAUGGAGUUGCUCGGUUGCAUGCGCGUUAUGUACCAAGUCUGCCGUCUCGUCCACGCCGAUCUGAGCGAGUACAACAUUUUGUACCAUAAGCAACGUCUGUACAUUAUCGAUGUCAGUCAAAGUGUUGAACACGAUCACCCUCGCAGCUUGGAGUUCCUUCGCAUGGAUAUCAAGAAUGUUAGCGACUUCUUCCGUCGCAAGGGUGUUGACACCUUGCCCGAACGCACAACCUUCCAAUUCAUCCUUUCACCCGAGGGCCCUACAGACGUCACCCAGGGCAACGAGGAGAUGUUUGAAGCUAUUGAGAAGCUCUUCGCCGCCCGUACAGAGGGUGGUGAUCAGGAGGCCGAGGAGCUCGAUACUGCUGUGUUCCGACAGCAAUACAUUCCCCAGACUCUCGAGCAAGUCUACGAUAUAGAGCGUGAUGCCGAGAAGAUCCGUGACGGCUCGGGUGCCGACCUGGUCUACGGAGAUCUGCUGGCCACUGGCAAGGCCAAGCCUACCGAUGCCGAGGUCGACGCAGAGUCCGACGCCAGUGGUGGAGUUUCCGUCUCAGGUUCCGACUCCGAUGUGGACGAGGAGGGCGAAGAAAAGGAUCCCUUCGCGAAGAAGGCCCCCGCCAAGGUCAAGGAGGAAAAGCGUGAGCAGCGUGCCAACAAGAUGCCGAAACACCUCAAGAGACGUCUGGUCUCUACUUCUUCGAAGAAGAAGAAGUAG